GCAGACAGUCUGCAUCCAGAGACACCGCUGUAGAAAUGUCUUUCAAAAGCUUGCUGUUCGUUACUCUAGCCUGCCUUAUCUAUAAAAAUGAGGCAUCUGACAUACAGAAGGUGCUACCACAAGCCCAGGUUAUCCUCCAGAAGUUCUUAAACAUCGUGGAAGCGAACCAGUUAAACGUGUCAAUAGUGACAUCUCAAGCCAUAAACUGGAGCAACGGUCAGCUUCACCAGAUGAGGGACAGCGCGUUGUUGUUACCCCCAAACCAUGUACAUCUCACUCAGACCCAGCUAACCCAACAAGUAGGGAAACAGUGGUUGGCAGAUCUGCAAUCUUGGACCUCCCAGGGUCAUGGUAUUGUAACGUACAGGGUGAUCAGAGUGGAGAAUGGUGCAGUUAGCCAACAGCUGGUGGAGUCUAGCAAUCUAGAACAGAUCCCUGUAAGUCCGAGUUAUGAAAGCAUAUUGGAACCAGAAGUAACUGGAGAAGAUGGACUGGUAGAAGAAUUCGAAGACUAUGAAGUUAUGUAUAAUUUCCGAAUUCCUGGAGCUGGUGGCCACGAUCAGAUUACGAACGUGUUCGCUGUCAGUCUCAACAUAACCAUUAUUGCCAAUUCCGAGCAUAUGCCGCUGACGGAGAUAAACAAAAUAAAAGAAGUCCUUUCUAAAAUUUGGAUGAUGUUCCACGAGGACGAGUUGCGAGCAAAAUAUUUGGCCCAUGCUCUUGACACCCAAAUCCCUCAGUCAGAUACUACUUGGCAGGUCCUCGUCGGACCUGGAGAUUUCUUCAUUCCUUCAGGAAAAUGGGUCCAACUAAGUAUCGCUGAUACCAAUGUUGUGGUCUUCGCUGUAGCAGCGUAAAUGCAGAUAUUUUUAAAAUUAUGUUAUUUUGAUUUAUGAAAUAGAGUAUACGAGCUUGUA